AUGUCGGGAUUAACAUUAAAUCAAAUUGAAUUAAAUCAAAUAAAAUCUUCUUGGAAUAAAAUAAAUAAAGUGGAUUUUUAUCCUGAUUUAUAUGUUAAUUUAUUUGAAUUAGAUCCACAAUUGCGUUCAAUUUUUAAUAAUAAUGAUUCAGUAAUUAGUUAUCAUUGUGAUAUAUUUGGUGAUUUAUUCAAUUUUGUCAUUGAUAAUAUUGAUGAUGCUUCAUUGAUUGAUGAAUUUUUAUAUCAAUUUGUUAAUGAAAAUCAAAGAUUUUCUUCAAUGGCUGGUAAAUAUUUAGAACCAAUGGGUAAUGCUUUGAUUCAAACUUUUAGAGAUGAAUUAUCUGGUCAAUUUACAAGUGUCUUGGAAUUGGUUUGGAUUAAAGUUUUUGUAUUUGUUGCUAAUUCAUUAUUACAAUAUGAAGAAGAUAUUGUAUCGGAAUCUAGUUCAUUGAGUGAAGAUGCUAUUCCACCAUUGAAUAUUCAAAGAGAAAGAAUGCCUUCUAUUGAUACAUUACCUACUCCUUCUCCUCCAUUACAAAAAGAAGAACAACCAAAGGUAGAAGAAGAAAAGUUUGAUACUAUUACUACUACCCCAGUUGUUGCUGCUUCACCAGUUAUUGGAUUUGAUAAUUCUAAACCAAAACAAAUUUUGGAUAAAUUUAAUUCAAUUGAAAUUGAUUUAAAUUCAAAUAAUAAAUAUAAAGGUUUUAGAAGAUCAGUCGAUGUUGCUAAAGCACCAAUUCAUGUUCCAAUUCCACAAUCACCUUCAUUCCAAAAGACUCAUUCUAAUAUGUCUUCAAGUUUGAAAAACAUUUUGGCUUCAACUGAUGAUGAUAAUAAUAAUAACAACAACAAUAACAAUACCAAUAACUUUGAUUCUGGUUUUCAAACACCAAGAAGAUUAUCAUUUGAUCCAAGAAGAAAAAAUUCUUCUAAUCCAACCACACCAAAACUAUCAAGUUCAAGUUCAUGUUCAACUUUUUCUAAAACUGAAACUACCACCACACCAUUUGAAUCACCAAGAUUAUCUGCUGUUGCUAAUGGAAAAUUUGUUUCACAACAACAACAAAAAGAUCAAGGUUUAGAAGAUGUUGAAACUGAUAAUGAAGAAUUUUCUACUCCUAGAGCAAGUAGAAGAGGAUCAUUUUCUGAAAGUUAUCCGGUUGGUUCAUUAUUACACAAGCUUAAGAAAUUCCAAGAUCCAGAAGAACAACAAGAACAUCAAGAAGAAACAACUGAAGAUGCUAUAUCUAAUAAAUCAGAAGAUUCUAUUGAUGCUGCCCCAUUUGAUCCAAGAAUGAGAAGAAGAAGAAAUAAAGAAUUAAAUCAUAAAUUGAUUCCAUCUCCUGAAUCUAGUGAAGUUGAUGAACAAGAGGAAGAAGAAAUGCUUAUGAAUAAAUUAUCUCCAGCUACUGAAACCACCCAUAAGGACUCGAAACAAUCUGUCCCGGAAAGAUCAUUAUCUAGAGGUGGAUUAACUGGUGGUACUUUUGAUUAUCAAUCAUUUGGAUUGAAAGGAUUAGCACCAAUUGUUGAAGAUGAUGAUGCUUCAUCUAAAUAUGAAUCUGAUGGUGAAUCCUCUAAUAAUAGUCCCGUUAAAGCUGUUAAGAAUAAAUUGACAACUACUAAAUCAAGUGGUCAAGGUUCAACUGAAGAUGGUGAAACUAAUUCAAGAACUUCAUCAUUAUCAUUGAAUAAUUCCGAUUAUAAAUCAUCUAUAUCAUCUGGUACUGCUGAUGCUGAUCAUUAUGCUAUCAAAGGUGCUGGUGUUCGUUCUCAUUCAAGAAAUUUGUCAACUGCUAGUAGUGGAAAUGAUUUUGAUUUUACUGCACCAGUUUCAAAAUCAAGAUUCAGAAAUGCCCCACAGCAACAAAGUUCAUUGUAUUCUCUUGGUAGAGGUCCAUCAGCUUCAACUUCUUCAAUUAAUUCCACUAGUCGAGCAUCAUUGGGUUUUAUGAGAUCAUCAUUUGUGUUGAAAAAGGAAAUGCAAACUCAAGGUUAUAAUGAACCAGAAAAUGUUUGUAUGUCUAUGCCAGUUACACCAAGAAUGAGUAAUAAACCUUCAAUGAAUUCAUUAUCAGCACCACCAGCUAUUUAUAUGAAUAAAGCUGCUUCAGUUUCUAGUUUUGGUUGUCUUCCUACCACAAACACAACUAAAACUUCUGGUGUAUCUUCUUCUAAAUGUUCACCAAAGCUUAAUGGUACUAAUGGAUCAACUCCAUAUGAUUCAGCAUAUGAUUUAUUAAAUACAUUUGAUGUACCACCACCAUUACCAAUUAAAGAUGGUAUUCAAAACAAACUGUCUAGAAAUUCUAGUAUUAGUUCAAAAGGAUCUUCUAGAAAGAAGGGUGGAUUAAGAAGCAGAUUAUCAUCAAUCUUUAGUUCUAAAUCAUCAUCAUCAUCAGUAUCAUCAAAAUUAGCUGACUCAACUCCAGCAACAUCAGUUCAUUCAUCAAGAAAACCAUCAAUUGGUUCAUCAUCAAACACUUUAGUCAAUUCAAAAACAGAAUCUCAAGGUAGUAAUUAUGCUACUACUACUACUACUACUACUUCUGAUGCUCAUUCACAUUCUACUCGUCAAUCAGUACCAUUAUUCAGUGCACAACCAUCAACACCAUCGAUUCAUCAUAUUCCACCAAUCAUCAAGAAAGUUGAAUCAAGUGGUGUUGCUUCAUCAGCAGCAACAAGUACAACAAGAAAACCAGCUUCGGUUUAUGGCCAUAGAUAUGGUUCAGUUAAUGAUUUAACUUCGGUUUAUUCUACCGAUACUACAACUUCGGGAUUUUCAAUGUUUAAAAGAAGAGAUAAAAAUGAUGUCAAGUUUGUUCCUCCAUUGACUAGAAAUACUAGAAAAGGUAAUAAAUAUAAUGUCAAAAAAGUUCCUUAUGAUAUUUGGGCCUGA